AUGUCGUCUGAGUCCACAAAAGUGAAGGUGGAAUACGUAAACGAGGACAAAACAGGCAAGGAAAGCAACGGGACGCAGUCGCCGCUUGCGCUCCUGGCGGCGACGUGCAGCCGGCUCGGCGCCGCCACCAUGGGACCCGACCAGCAGCAGGAUACCAAGGACCAACAACAACACUUUAGUCCACAGCAACAGCAACAGGCACAACAACAACAACAAGCGCAACAGCAACAAGCGCAGCAGCAACAAGCGCAACAGCAACAGGUGCAACAACAGCAAGCGCAACAACAGGCGCAACUGAUACAGCAACAAGUGCAGGGCGACGCGGCCACGCUCGCCGCCAUACAGCAACAGUACCUGCAACAGCAACAGCAGCAACAACAGCAACAGCCACAGCUGAGGGUGAUUAGUUCUGCUGUAGUUCAGCAGUUAAGGGCACAAGGAUUAUCAGGCAAUGAAUUGUCAGCGGCCAUAGUGAAUGCAGCAAACUCCGUUCCAAAUGGAAUACAAGUGCAGCAACCACAGGUGAUAUCAAUGCAACAGCUCCAGUCGUUACUGGGCGGCGGCGUGGUGUCUGGAGAGGGCGCCACGUAUCAGAACACGCCGCAGCAACUGCUACAGAUACACCCUCAACUGUUACAACAACAAGGUAUGUACGGAGGCUGCCUGGUGGGCGGCGUGGGCGGCGUGGGCGGCGUGGCCCCCAUGCAGGCCGUCACUGUCGACGGACAGGACGCUCUCUUCAUACCCGCGCAGCAUGCACAGAAUUUCUCUGGCAUGGGUCAAGUCAGUCUUGUGAACGGUCAACUUGUAAGGACGCCAGUCCUUCCCGCGGGCUUCUUGCAAAACGUCAUGCAUUUACCAGCUGAGCAGCAGGCGUCCAUCACGAUCCCGGGCACUAACAUAACCAUUCCCAUUAGCGCUUUGGCGGGGAACCAACCAAUGAUAGUCCCUGGCUCCAAUAUAUCGCUGGCGGGGCUUCAGGCAAACCAAGCGAUUACAAUCCCGACAAGUCAAGCGAUAUCGAUUCCUACGAGCCAGGCGAUAUCCAUCCCGUGUAGUUCGGCGGCCGUCACUCCUGGGGACAAGCAAGCCAACGGGAAAGACACGAAGGCACCCGGCAGCCCCAACGGACAAGGUGCAGGCGGUGGUAUCGCGGUGCGCGGCGGGGUGGGCGGUAUGGGCAUGGUGCCCGUGCAGGUCCCGGUCAGCGUGGCCAACGGACACACUGUCUACCAAACCGUGCAUCUACCCGUACACGCACCGCAACACUUGCAAAUCAUUCCGCAGUUACAACAGAUGCAAGCACAACCUCAGAUGGCGAGUGUGCUUACACCGUCGGGACAGAUCCAGCAGAUACAAAUAGCGUCAUUAGCUAACGUGCAGCAGGGUGGGGGCGCGCAAGGCGGCGCGGCGGCUGGACAGACUCCCGCCACCAUCACAUUGCAGGCGGUAUCAAACCCUAUGCAAGCGGAUACUGGGAAUCUACAGCAACAGCAACCUUCCCAGACUAUAAUAACGAGCACACCUGCCGGCCAGCAAGUCACUGUCAUACCGGCGUCAGGCAAUGUGCCAACACUGGGCGUAGGCGGUCUCGGUGGAGCGGUCCAGCUAGUCCCAGCACUUGGAAUUCCAGGCGUACAGCUAGCUCAACUUCAGCAAACACAGCCUCAGACCGCUCAGCCACUAAUAGGCCAGCAAAUCCAGCAGGACCCUAACGAGCCAGGUAAGUGGCAAGUGGUCAGCGUGAGUGCGUCGAGCGGGCCCGGCAGCGCGGCCAGCACGCCGCAGCCUGCCGAAUGCGAGGCCAGCAAGCACGGGCCCGCCAGCCCCGGCCAGGGCAAGCGGCUCAUGAAGCGCGUCGCCUGCACCUGCCCCAACUGCGACCAGGGCGAGAACCGCCUGGUGGACCGCAAGAAGCAGCACGUGUGCCACAUCGCGGGCUGCAACAAGGUGUACGGCAAGACGUCGCACCUGCGCGCGCACCUGCGGUGGCACUCCGGGGAGAGACCCUUCCUCUGCAACUGGCUGUUCUGCGGGAAGAGGUUCACUCGUUCGGAUGAGCUCCAACGUCACCGGCGCACGCACACAGGGGAGAAGCGGUUCGAGUGUCCCGAGUGUCGCAAGCGGUUCAUGCGGUCCGACCAUCUCGCCAAGCACGUUCGCAUACAUACCAAGAACAGGAUUACUGAAGUAGCAACAUCUACUCAAUCGAUGUACUCGGACUCAGGCGACGACAGCUGCGACGAGAAAAUGAUGCUGACUAUAGAGACGGUGCAUAACGAUGGGGACGGGGAGGACAAGAUGGUGCUUCGCCCCAGUCCCAAGAUGGAGCCCGACCACAUAGACAGCUAG